AUGGCGGUGAUUGAUCUCAGCCCUUUGGCCCAACCUAUCAAGCCUAGCACGGAGGUGCCUCAGCUCACUUUCGAGGCUUUGGACAGGCCUGCUACUACCUGCCCAUACACACAUCAUCAGACAGUCCCUGUUUCAGCCUGUCAGUCGGAUAUUAUUCAAGACGAUAUUCCGCAAUGGGUUCAGGCCGUCAUCUUCACACUGGCCAAAGACAAAGGCAACGCUGACCGCGUACAAAACAUCUGGAAUCAGCUUUGCUCACAUUAUGAAAUUCUCAACGCCACGAUUCAAUAUGAUACAAUCACACAAAAGCACGUCAACUUUGCCACUGCAACACCGUCCACAGUGCAAGUCAUUGAUAUUACAAAAAAUGCUGCUAAGUCAACAAAUAUAAUUGGCAGUGCGACACAGGCUUAUCUCACUAUUCAAUUUUCGGAUAUCGAUAGCCUUGGCUAUGUUGUUCUGAAUGCUCCCCGAGCACUGCUUGACACCACUUCUCUUAGCCUGGUUGCUCGAGGAUUCGCGGCCCUCUACAAUGGCGCCAAGCUUCCAGGUCACGUUCCGUUUGGAAUUUACCUCGCUUCGGUUGCUCACAAAGAUACACAUACCUCUCUUGACUUCUGGGUCAAUGCUUUCGAUGGAGUCUCUAGCAAGUCUCUUGUGCCAGCCGACCGCUAUGCGGCUGCUGAGCGCUCGAGUGUAUACAUUGAUCUUGAUCACAACACUUGCGACCUGCUGCGUCAACUCGACCAAACAGGCGUCAUUAGCCGCAAGUCGCUCUUUGAGACUCUCUGGGCGUUAACAUUACAGCGCCAUGCCGACACACAAGAUGUUGCGUUUGCUGUAAUGGGACGCGACGCCACCUUCACUGGCGCAGACACCUGUGUUGGUCUGGUUGACCAUGUAUAUCCCGUCCGUGGAACAUUUACCACUGAAACAACUUUUAUGGAAGCUGCUAAAGAUUUGCAGUCCUUCCACCGCAAGGCGUCGCAACAUGCACAUCUCGGAUAUCGCGCGAUUGAGGAUGUUUUGACCAGCGGCCACAUCGAGUCCAUCGUCGCAUGCUCCCCAGAUAUCAAGCAUCUGCCUCCUGGCGGAAUUGAAAACACAUUCCCGAUUUCUAUUUUCAUUGCAGGCACUUCCUCUACUCGUGUUACUGCCUCCUUCUACAGCGAUCACUCGUUCGGCCGAGCUGAAAUGCUGUUGCGACACUUUAUCCAAGCAAUCUCAGAUGUUGCCCGCCAGCCAAGCCUUUCCAAGCUUCAUUGCAAGGAUGUCGAUCUUGGAUCGCCCGAGGAACGCCAAGUCAUCUUGGCAUAUGCCCAGGAAAAGGUCAAGAAUGUCGCGCCUUCGACGAUCGUGAAGCUGUUUGAACAAUCGGUCAUCAGCCAGCCUAACAAAUGCGCAAUUCAAUUUGGCUCUGAGACAAUUGUUUCGUACCAGGAGCUCAACGCCAUGGCUAACAAAUUGGCUCGUGGCUUGCGUCUCCACGUCGGCGAGAUUGUGCCGAUUUGCAUCUCGCGGUCGGUGGAGCUCAUCGCAUCCAUCCUUGCUGUCCUUAAAGCGGGUGCCGCUUACACGGUUCUUGAUCCCGAGGCUCCGCUGGUGCGCAAUGAGAGCAUUAUUGAAGCUUGCGGUGCUCGUGGUGUCCUUGUACAGACCCAACUGGCUGGUCGUUUCGAGAAAGCCUGGAACGUCGACGAUGUUCUCGAAGACUACGCUGGUGUUCCCGAUGAUAACUUGGACAUUGGCAUUUCUACCAAGGAUACCGCAUACAUUGUCUUCACAUCUGGCUCUACCGGAAAGCCUAAGGGUGUCGUUAUUUCCCAUGGGGCUGCGACCUCCGGUAUGCAGUGCCAUAGUGUCUCUGGCCUUGACCGAUGGCUGCUCUUCUACAACCCUAUCUUUUCUGCCGCCCAGAGAACGAUGCUAUCAACUCUUGCCCAUGGUGCUACGCUGGUCAUUGCGCGCAAAGAUAAGCUCGUGCAAGACUUGCCCACCAUUUUGAAGACUAUGCGAGUCGACGCCCUCGGUAUUACACCAUCUGCUCUCGCUGCUUUGCCUGACGGCGGUUUGGCCAAUGUUCAGCGCGUCGUCAUGGUUGGUGAAGCUGUCUCCAACCAGGUGAUUGACCGCUGGGCGGACAAGGUCGAUCUCUUCAACACUUACGGACUAAGUGAAUGUGCUCAGCUCAACUUCAGCCACCGUCUCUUGCCUGGCAGCAACUCUCGAAUUGUCGGAUCGCCGGUCGAUACUACAGCAGCUUACAUUCUCAAGCCAGGAACAGACGAGCUUGUGCCAAUUGGCAUUCCUGGCGAACUGUGUCUUGCCAGUCGCCAGCUGGCAGAUGGCUACCUGAAUCUGCCCGACGUCACCGCUCGCGUCUUCCAAGCCAAUCCUUUUGGCAGUGGUAUGCUCUUCCGCACUGGAGAUGCUGCUAGAUUAUUACCCACUGGCGAGAUUCAGGUUACUGGCCGUCUCGAUCUACAGACAAAGAUUGCCGGCCAAAAGGUUGAUCCAGCAGAGAUUGACCAGGUCUUGCGCCAGCAUCCUGCCAUCAUUCGAUCAGCAACGGCAGCAGUUGAACUUCACAAGGGUUCUGACGAUGCCUCACUAGUGGCUGCCAUUGUUCUUCACCCUGAGAAUGCUUCAAAUUUGAAGGAAAGCAUUGCUUCGCUCCGAGAACAUGUUGCCAGUCGCCUUCCUAGUUACAUGGUCCCGGCGUUCUGGGCACCAGUCGACAGUAUCCCGUCAAACGCCAACGGGAAAGUCGAUAUCCGUGCUGUACAAAAGCUUGUGAAGGACAUCGGUGCCGAAGGCCUUCUCCGAAAGGCUCUUGGUGUGUCAGAUGAUGACAGCGACAUCAGUGACCCUAUCGAGUUGAUUGUUGCAGAGUGCUGGGCUCAUGUCCUUGACAUUCCUACUUCCAUUAUCAAACGCCAGCAUGAUUUUGUGUCUCUAGGAGGAUCCUCCAUUCAGGCUAUUCGCAGCAUCGCUAUGCUGCAGGACAAGGGAUAUGUUGCCACCAUGGCCGACAUUCUCGCUCCUGGUACAUCUCUGACAGACCUGGCAGCUCUUCUUAUGCCUCUUGAUGCCGCUGCUACUUCCGACAUUGAACCGUUCUCACUGGUACCCAACGCUGCUGCUUUGAAGACUGUGCAAGAUGGACAAGCAUCUGAUGCUUAUCCCGCAACCCCAUUACAGGAGAGUCUUCUUGCUUCUCUUACUACCGGUGAAGAUGCCGACAUGUACAUCUACCACCGUGUUUGGAAGGUUGGUCACUUGAGCCUUGCUAGACUUCGCAGGGCCAUGGAAGCCGCAUACAACAAGAGUGAUAUUCUCCGAACUUCGUUUGCUGCUACCGCUACUGGGUACCUUCAGGUGGUCAACUCUGGCUGGCAGCUCCCGUGGGCAGAGACUGACGAGGACUUGACAUCCUCUAUCGCUACUGCUAAGCGAUUCGUCAGUGAUGCUUCCAAGUCGUUGAUGCAAGUUGUUGUCGUUCGUCAGCAGUACCUCGUGAUUGUGACACACCAUGCCCUAUUCGACUUUUGGUCCCAUCGAUUCUUCUAUCACGAUGCUGCCGCCGCAUAUGAGGGCGACGAAAUUCCCAGCCGCCCCAAGUUCUCUCGCUUCAUCAAGCACCUUGGUCAGUUGAAGGAUGACAAGUCUCAUGCAGCAUUCUGGAGCAAGUACCUCCAACAGACUGAGUACGCGACUAUGAGCUCCAGCAUCAUUCCCACGGACGACAUGUCGACGACCAUUGCAACUACCAAGGUUCCCGCACUUGGCCGUCGCAUUGCACAGGCUGGUUUCACGGCUGGUUCGGUCCUUUAUGGUGCCUGGGCACUUUUAUUGUGGCGCCGUACUCGAAGUGUUGACACUGUCUUUGCGACAACAUUCAGCGGCCGCGACGCUCCUGUGCCUGGUAUCGACCGAAUGGAUGGCCCUACGUUGACAACAGUCCCUCAACGCGUCCUUAUAAACCCCGAGGAGCCUGUGCAGACUUUGAUCUGGAGAGUAGCAGAAGAACUCUACCAGGUCAUGAGCCACUCGCAAACAGGUAUGCGCGAUGCACUUACUGCCGGUGGCCUCGAUGCUACUGUCGUUGAUACCCUGAUCAACGUGCUCGUUCGCAACGAAGAACCAGAACAAGUGUGGUCUGUUUUCCGCCCUAGCGGAGCUAGAUCUAUUUGGGAGUCCGACAGAACCACCAUGGAAAUUGACCUCGAUGGCACCGGCAAUGGAGACGCCGAGCUUCGCCUCAUUGGCAAGAUUGACAAGAAGCAAGCUGGUUUCUUGCUUACUGCAUAUGCCGAGUUGAUUGAAUCCAUUGUAUCCAACCCGCAAGGCACUGUUUCUAGCAUUUCUAGAAUGACAGCUGAAGAGAGACGUGUAGUUGCUACGGACCUUACCAACGCUGAGACUUGCGUCUACCCCACGCCUGGUCUUCUUCAUGCUCCAUUUGUCGAGAUUGCCCAUACCAACGGCGACCUUGUCGCUGUCGAUUGGCGCGGUGAUUCUCAGCAGACUUACCGUGAGCUGAAUGCCAGAGCCAACAGAGUUGCGCACCACCUACUGGAGCUUGGUGCCAAGAUUGGUGACAAGGUGCCUCUGAUUAUGGACAAGUCGGAGGAGACAAUGAGCAUCAUCCUCGGUGUUAUGAAGGCUGGUGCUGCGUACAUCCCGCUCAGCCCUGAGAACAAUGCCGCUCGCAACGACUUCAUUGUGAAUGAUGUCAAGGCACAGUUGGUCAUUCUUCAUCGCGAGUACUUGGAUCGUCUUACUAUUGACGGUAUCACUCCCAUCAUUGUUGAGGACCUGAUCAGCCAGGACCCUAUUGCCGAAGACCCCGUUGUCAACAUCACACCUGAUGAUCACGCCUACGUGAUUUACACCUCAGGAAGUACCGGUGUACCCAAGGGUGUCCAGGUGCCCCAUCGAUCUUCAGCUGCUGCUGUCAUGAGCAUGGUUGUUGCUGAAAGACGCGAUGUUGGAGAAUGGCGGACACUGCAGUUUGCCAACUAUGUCUUUGACGCGUCAGUCCAGGAUUUCUUCAACACCCUCAGCACUGGUGGUACGCUCUGCAUGGCCCCGACUGACGAAAUGCAAUCCGACCUCCCUGGUCUGAUCAACAAGAUGCGCGUCAAGCAAGCCAUUCUGACCCCUACCGUUGGCAAGAUCUUGCACCCAGAGGACGUUCCUACUAUGGAAACUCUCAUCCUCGGAGGCGAGCCGAUGACCAAGGAUGUUGUUGACAAGUGGCUACCUCACUGUACGAUUCUCAACGUCUAUGGGCCAACGGAGACGUCCAUGGUGGUCACUACCAAGGAUGUUCAGGCCAGUGGCAAGACUGCUGCCAUUGGUGCCCCGUUCCCUACUGUUAUGGCGUACCUUGUCGAUCCUGACGGCGAGGACCUGGUUCCGUACGGCUCUGUUGGUGAGCUGUGUAUCGGAGGACCUCAGGUUACAGACGGCUACGUUGGCCGCAAAGAUCUUACUGACGCAGCAUAUACUUCCAAUAAGACUCUCGGCAGUAAGUACUUCAGAACUAUCCAUUUUACAUUUCAAUGCUAAUAACCCUAGUUGACAACCUCUACCGCACGGGCGAUCUCGCGCGCUGGCUCCCGAACGGCGAUAUCGAAUGUCUCGGCCGAAAAGAUAACCAAGUUAAGAUUCACGGUCUGCGCAUUGAGCUUGCUGAGAUUGAGCAGGCAAUUAUCAAGACCGGCUUUGUCCACGACGGUAACGUUGUGGUUAUGCCUUUUGGCAGCGGUAUCAACCUGUCUCUUGUCGCUUUCUGUGUGUUUGAAUCCAAACCCGAGGGGCCUGCACAUAUCCAAGAGGCAGCGCCUUUUGUAGACACGAUCCGCAAUCUGAUCGAUCAGCUGGAUACUUUGUCGCAUUACAUGAUUCCUAAGUAUAUCCUGCCGGCGACUGGGUUCCCCAAGCUACCGUCGCUCAAGACAGAUCGCAAGACCCUCAAGCGGUGGUUGGAAGAGUUCGACAAGACUCUGCUUCCUGGAUACUCUGUUGCUGGUGCCAACUCUGGACAUGCUGCCGAGUAUAUCCCAGUUGCAACACCAGCUGAGGCAGCUCUUGAGAAAAUGUGGAUGUCGAUUUUGCAGCUUCCCGAGGGCACGCGGAUAGGACAGGCAGCAAGCUUCGUUGCUUUGGGUGGUGAUUCUAUCGCUGCCAUUCGUCUUGUUGGCCUGGCACGCACGGAGAACUAUGUUCUCUCUGUUGCCAAGGUGCUCAAGGUGGCUGAUCUCAAGGAGAUGGCGCUCACUAUGAAGGUUGUUGAGACCACAGAAAGCUCGCAAGCCGCGGUUGAGUACAAGGCAUCGACUGCUGUUGAGAAGAAGAUCCAGGAAGCCGGUCUCGACUUAGAAAAUGAUGUUGAAUAUGUGUACCCCGUUCCAUCUGGCCAGGCCGAGUUCCUCGAGCACGGCAGCAGACAAGAGCAAGUUUGGCAGCUCAUGGCCGUUCGCCCCAUGGCGCACACCACCUCCGAAGACUGGCUCGCGUCAACUGUCAAGCUGACUGCCGAAAACGAUAUCCUUCGCACAUGCUGGACUCGCGACGAAGAGUCAUGGGCUGGUGUUGUUCUCAAGUCCACUGCUCUGGACGUUGUAUACGCGACUGUUGCAAACGAAGAUGAAAAGAAGGAAUUUGUUUCCAAGUUUUGGGACACCCGCUUUGCAUUCGGUUCGCCAUUUAUCAAAUAUGCUGUCUUGCAGACUCCCGAAUCUGGAGCUACCUCGUGGGAUCUCGUCAUCAAGAUGGACCACGGUGUGUACGACGGCACGCUGUUUCGCAUCCUCGACGACCAAUGGACCGAGCUCCGCCAGGGCCAACCCAUCUCCGAGCACGGCGAGUUCCGCGACUUUGCUUUGGCCACCUGGGCUGAAGACAAGCAAGACGUGCUUGACUACUGGAAGGACACCAUGCACUGCAAGCCUAGCACAUUCAAUGCGACCAACAACCAACCCAUCACGGAUGGCGUAGUCCGCCGCAAGCUGGAGGUAGACGUUGACGAUGUUGCACGCGCAUGCUCCGUGACGCCUGCGAUUAUCUUCCAGGCCGCGUAUCAGAUAUACAUGGCGCGCCGAUCCGCGUCGGGCCGCAUUGGCUUCGACUACCUUCUUAGCGGCCGCAACGUGCAGACGAGCGUUGACCCUCAGACAAUCAACGGCACACUGGCCAACUUUUUGCCCAUGGAAUGCAGUAUUGCGCCAGAGACGCCCGUCAAGAUGUUUAUUGAAGAUUCUCAGGACUUGUUCUGGGCCGCUACGGAGAAUGGCAAUGUUGGCCUGGAUGAGAUCUACCGCGCAGCUGGACUGGACCGCGCCCAGUACGGCAACAAGAGUAUGUUCCUUUACCAGCCGUUUGAGCCGAUUCCUGUAGGCACGACGGCGGAGGAGAUUGAAAACACGAGAUGGCUGCCGCUGAGCAAGGCGAGCCAGGUGAAGCUGCUGCAGCCGUACGAGCUGGUGGUGGAGGUGGGCAAGUCUGUAGAUGAUUACCGUUUGGCGGUGUACCAUAGCAGCGCGUUCUAUACGAAGGAGGAUGUGAAUGGUCUAGUGGAGGAGCUGAUUGAUAUUAUCAACACGAUUUCCGCGGGUGUUGAGGGACUGGAGAUGAAGGAUUUGCUGAAGUGAAUGAUUUUAAAAGUUUGCAUAUAGAUUCUCCUAUGUUUAU